AUGGAUCCAAACAUAGUCAAUCUGAUGUUGGACAAAAUGGAGGAGUCGAAUACUGCUUUAGAGGAGUCGUCAUCAUGGGUCAGGAGAUUUGAUGCUCAAAACCAGCAAUUGGAGGAUCAACUGGUGAAUCAAACUAAAGCUGCAAUUCAACUCAAAGAGUUGAAUGCCCAGUUAGAACACUCCAAUGAGAAACUUGAAGGUGAAAAUCAGCAACUGAAGGAUCGAUUGGAGACAAAAGUUAAUGAGAAAGAUGUUCACAUAACAAAUUACGAAGUUAAAAUUCAAGAAUUGGAAGAUAAAUUGAAAGCGAACUACGAAGCAGUUCAAAAACUCAAAGAGCUGAAUGCUCUGUUAGAACACUCCAAUGAGAAACUUGAAGGUGAAAAUCAGCAACUGAAGGAUCGAUUGGAGACAAAAGUUAAUGAGAAAGAUGUUUACAUAACAAAUUACGAAGUUAAAAUUCAGGAAUUGGAAGAUAAAUUGAAAGCGAACUACGAAGCAGUUCAAAAACUCAAAGAGCUGAAUGCUCUGUUAGAACACUCCAAUGAGAAACUUGAAGGUGAAAAUCAGCAACUGAAGGUUCGAUUGGAGACAAAAGUUAAUGAGAAAGAUGUUUACAUAACAAAUUACGAAGUAAAAAUUAAGGAAUUGGAAGAUAAAUUAAAAGCGAACUACAAAGCAGUUCAAAAACUCAAAGAGCUGAAUGCUCUGUUAGAACACUCCAAUGAGAAACUUGAAGGUGAAAAUCAGCAACUGAAGGAUCGAUUGGAGACAAAAAACUAA